UAAAUAAUCUUAUGAAUAGACAGUCAAACUAAAUACUGGGAACACCAACCCAGCUAAAUUCUCACUGGUCACUGAAAAAUACUUGAAUUUGUGCAGAGGUUCGUUGUGAAUGGUAAAUUGGAAAUCAGCUGUUUUCGUUUUUUCAUCGAAGUAAGGAAACAGAAAAAUGGUUGCCGGCGGUGCCUCAGAUACGGGUGGCGUUAAGCCAAUGGCCAUUGCGGGCCGCAUGGUGCGCGAACGUGAGCGUUUAAUUGGUAUGACACCCGAUGAACGCGCUUGGCGCAAACAGUGGCUGAAGGAUCAGGAGCUGCACCAUGGACCACGUAAAGUUCCAGCCCUGGAGCUGGAACUCAACAAUCCCAUCAAGCGCUUGUACCGUGCACCAUUGGACACCAUUACCAAAGUUCUGUCACCGGCACUUGGAUUCCAACGUGCCUUCACAGUGCGCUAUUGGACAGGAAAGGCACUAAUCGCGCUGACUGGCAUUUAUGCUGGUGCCUAUUAUUUUAAAUACAAUCAAAAUGAUUGGACUCGUAAGGGCGGCUGGCGUGUAAUUUCGUCGCGCAAAGCGUGUCUGCCUGGAGACGAAGGUUAUCCCCGUGUCUCGGAUCGUUCGGCGCCUUCGGAUUAUGCGGCGCGUGGCUUCAAGCAAUCGCCCAUAUAAGCAUUGGAACUUAUAUUUUCUUUAGUUUCAAAUAUUAAUGUUAGCAAAAACGAAUUCGCAAUAAACUUGGAGCACACUCAAACAACAGUCGGUCGUAAGUGAA